UAUUCUAGGAACGGGGCUACAGACACGCCUUCCUUUAAGCGACGUCGUCGACGCCUUGUGUGUGAAUGAGGGUGAAAGCAGAGGUGAAAGUGUGAUUAUGAGAAGUUAUUGUUAUUGAAAGUCAUGGCGAAAUCUGUCAGUCAGCUUUUGCGGGAAGCUGUUGCAGCAUUGGAACGUGAGGAGAACAACACAAACAGUGUCCAGCAAGUGUCAAACCCUCGGCCCUCUGCAGUUCCUCAGCCUCAGCCAGAGUCGCGGGCAUCUUCAGUUGCCAGAGAAACUGUUCAGCGUGAGGUAUCAAGACUUUUUUCUCCAUACCCGCAGAGCAGUUCUUUGUCCUCUGGAAUGCGCAGACGACAGGCUUUAAUAAAGCCAUACACCAAAAAGACUUACACUCACAAAUUUUUCUGUUUGAGUGGACGACGUGAUUGCAAAGUACCACAGCUGUGGGAAAAGAUGGAUCUCGAAUGUUCAGGGUUGGGAGAAAAAAAGAUAGUUUUCCCAGAUAAGCACUGCACAUCUGAAGAAUUCAAGUCCACAUUGCUUAUGGAGUUUCCAAAACUGAAAGAUGGUGGGGGGUUUGAAUUGCUCAGACCAUAUGGUGCUACAAGGACAAAAACUUUGCAAGUCGUCCCCUGUCCAUCAGAAGGGUAUACACCGCAUUAUCUUCAAGACACUAUUGGUAUACAUGCAGCAAUUGUGUAUGUAAGGCCUCUUCAGAAAGACCUUGACAUGUGCAUUUACUGUGAAGAAACAUUUAGUCAUGCUGAAAUCCAAGACCAUGUGGACAAAUGUAUCUUGUCAGCAAAAGAGAAGAGCGUAGAAAGAGGUGAAAACAGCAGAGGUCAAAACUGUUACAGGCAGGAGAUCAUUGACCUUGAAGACAGUGACAAGGUUUUAGAAGAGACCUGUAGCAGCAGACAGGAGAAUGAUGAGCAGGUUACAGAAAGGAGUCAUAGCAGCAGAGAGCAGCGUCAUGAUCUGGCUUUUGAAGGGACGAGUAGCAGGAGACUAGAUAGCGGAGAUUUGAAAUUCAGCAGUGAGGAUACUGAAGACUGGAGAACUGAGACUGAUUUGAACCGUGCUGCUUACAUAUUUAGACGUUUUGUACUGCAAGAAGUGGAGGAUCAGCCAGAUCUUGUGGCAAAGAUGGAUCUACGCAAAAGUCCAGAAGAGAGAGAGAGAGAAAUCCUGACAUUUUACAAAAAUUCCAUGACUAACUGGGCCCAUCCAUUGUGUGUUUUACUUGGAGGUGAUUCUGCCUUUGGAGAUGGGGUAAAACGCCAUUUUCUCUCCUUUGUUAUGUCAAGAGUACAAUACGGAUUUGGCUUAAAUUUUGAAAACUGUGGUAAGACAUUGUUCUUUAAUGGACAAGAAGACCAUUUGGUGCCUUCCACUUCUCGGCUCUUACUGGAUAGUGACCUUUUCCGUGUCAUUGGGCGCAUGAUAGGACAUUCUUUCCUACAUGGUGGACCCUUACUCACUGGUUUGAGCCGCUCAUUAUUCAAUCUGUUGAUUGGACAAAAGGAUGAGAUAGCUGUUGUAGAACUAGAGGACUGCCCUGACACCGAUGUGACUGACAUUGUUUUACUUCUUCAAGGGUCUGGAAAUUUGACAGAAGAUGAACUUGACCAAGUAAAUAACUUGGCAAUCAACUGGGAUCUCCCACCAGUAAAUGAGAACAACAGAAAAUGGUUGGCACAAAGCAUCCUUUUCCAUGCAGUCAUUGGUCGGAGGGAAAAGCAAAUUCGACAGAUGAGACUGGGGUUAAAAGACACAGGAGUCUUGCACAUGGUCAGAGAACGGCCUGCCCUGAUUGAUGUUCUUUUCCCAAGAGCGUCAGCUCAAAUGAUUGAGCCAGAGAUGGUCCUUGACAGAAUUAUAUGGCCAACAGUUGACAGUGAUGAUGAAGACUAUGGUGGCUGUAGUCUGGAGGACACAUUCAAGAUAACUGGUUUCUUUCGUCAAUACAUUGAAAAUGGCACACCAGAAGAGCUAAUGCAACUCAUUCAAUUCUGGGUGGGUUGGGGAAUUCUUCCUCAGAAUCUCUAUGUAGAGGUGUCCUCUGAUGUUGCAAUGCCAACUGCAUCCACUUGUAGAGAAACCAUCAAACUCCCAGCAAAAUAUAGCACUUAUGAGAGUUUCCGUAAGGACCUGAAAGCUGCUGUAUCAACCAUCGAGAGUGGGUUUGGUUUGGUGUAAUUACUAUUCUGUGUACUAACAUGCAACUCUUCAGCAAAACAAAAAACAGAAAUGUUAAAAGUUGCACUACCUAAAGGUCACAGUUGAAACUGCAGGUUUGCUUAUUUUUGGCUGUCCCAAUGUCGCAGUCACACUAUUGGUGCAUGUUUCCCCUGUUACAAAAAAUACAGUUUUGCACCCUAGUUUGAGAAAGUAAUUUAUUUAUUACAUAUAAAUGAUAUUUUUUUCUG